AUAUAUAACGGCAUUAUUUUUUGUUCAUGCGAAUUAGAUGGAAUAUGUGGCAAAACAAAUAGCUCGGUUUAUAUGCAUCGGCCAAUAAUUGGCAAUGUCGGUAUUUAUCCAAAUACCCCAACUGUAAAAAUUGCGAUAUGUUAUCUAUUGAUAACGUCUACACUAUAAAAUUUAUUGACAUUAAAGUUUUCAUUUAUGUACACGGUGUCAUUUGAAAAUUUACACCAGGAAAUGUAGAAAAAUCGUUGAUAUUAAUGCAUUUGUGUAUGUAUACAGUUAUUUUAUAUGGUUGUUAAAGAAGAAAACCUUUUGGAAAGUAUUUACUGGAAUUUGUAUACACGUUUACGUUCAGUUCAGUUCCUUCAGUGCAGGGCGUGUAGUUCAGUUUGUAUUAUGACAAGAGUUUUAAGAAAUAUUUUUCAAAAUAAAGAGAACACUAUUCAAGUGUUUUGAACUAAAUGAUAUAUCUUAAAGCAAAUUACAAUGGAGAAAUCUGAGAUAUAAGUGGAAGGAAAAUAAGGACUAAGGACAUUACAAUCGGUGUGUCCUUAAUGUGGACUUUAUACGUGAUUUUACGUAGGUUGAACUUGCAAAUUUGAUCAGUUUAUUUUUACUUUAAAGUAGAUUUAAAAUAUAACGACAAGAGUGGACACGUUAAUAUUGGAUACAUAGCUGAAUUUGCAAUUUGGAGUUCUGAAACAUCAAUUUAUGCAGUAAUAGCAAAGUUUAAUAACAGAGGAUUAACCUGCGACACUUUUACAUCUGUAUAGAAUUUAUAUAAACUAUACAUAGCAGCAGAAACUGAUUUUGAAGUUAUGAGUGAACAAGUAAACCUUCACUUUGUUGAAGAAAUACAGCAAUAAUUUAAUUCUCUUAAAACUGCGCGUAGAGGAAAAAAAAGGAGAUGAACAACAACACGUCGAUGUACGAGGGAGACCUCGAAUCUCUGAGUGAGCGGCGAGUGGCGUUAUCUAUACCAGUUUUGAGCUUUAUAGGGCUUUUAGUGAUAGUUGGAGUCAUCGGGAACACGCUGGUUAUUUUCACAUAUAUCAAACGUGUUGAAAAAUCGUCAACAAAUUUGUUCAUAUUUUGUUUGGCCGUGUUUGACAUAAUAAAUUGCUUCUUUGGAUUACCUUUGGAAAUAUAUGACUUAAUGCACCCCUACACAAAUGACCAACAUUAUGUGUGUGCUAUCCACCAUUUUAUACAGUUCUCUGCGGAUAUCUCGUCUGGAUACAUUAUCGUAUGCAUUUCAUUUGAUCGAUAUCUAAGAAUUGCCAGACCACACCAAGGUUUGAGUGUCAAAUUUUCAAAGUUUGCUAUCGGUAUUAUAUCUGGAAUCUCUAUGAUUAUUUCAUUACUGACCCUCUUUGUUUACGGGACAGAAAAGGUUACAUUCGAUUCGUACCCCGGACUUGUUGCUCAUACGUGUGGGACUGCUGAACAUGCUAAAAACACUGUUGUCCCUUUAUUACUCGACACCCUUGUUCUCGUCUGCUUCGGCGUCGGUGUCAUAAUUCUGUUGAUAGUUUACACUUUAUUGGGAAUAAAAGUAAAGAAAUGGAACAAAGGGAGAAAAUCUAAGCAGACGAAUAAUCGGCGUUCCGAAAUGUAUUUCCAGGCAAAUACUGUAACCAUUUCAGACGAUACAGAGAGUAGAGAUUCUCACACGGACAACUUGAGUCCAACUUUACCAGAAACAUUUUCGUUCUUGCCACCUUCACCCGGAUUUUCGGCAGACGAUCCAGUCAAAGAAGACAACCCAACUUUUACAAAGCCUGAAUAUGUACGCGAAUUAUCACGAUCACUCGACCGGAAUCACUUUCUUAGACUUGAUAGCAUGCACAUGAAUGGGACGAAAACAUUGCCAGUGCGCAAGACAGAAUCAUUCAAGAAACGCCAGGCGGCAGCGAAUUUAGGACGAAAGAGCUCAAUGCCAUCUUUAACUGGACUAAAGAAAAGAAUGAGAUUAAGUAGAACAACUGUCAUGUUUAUUUCUGCAACCAUAGCAUUUGUUGCCAGUCAUUUACCAUACGCAUGCGUAAAAAUUGUUUUAACUUUGAAUCAUGACUGGGUGAAAUCAAUGAAUGACAUUUCUUAUUCCUGUUUUCUGUUUGGAGAAUAUUCGUUUAUUGUGAGCUAUGGAGUUAACCCUCUCAUUUACAGUUUUAUGAAUCCCAAAUUCCGCAGAGAAUGUAAACAGUUACUUUUAAGCGUUUCCGAAACGGUCAAGUGUCAGUCAAAGAAAUUUUACGUGUAAUCUUCUCCCAUAUGCAUUCGUCUGGUACAGAAAAACAGUUUAACCUCUGUAGAGCGAUUACCUCUGUAUAACGACCGUAUAAUGUCUACCAAAAGUAACAAUUUACAGUAAUUUUUACUUCCCUUGGACCAACACUUCUCAGCAUUAAACAAAAUCUUCUUGUCUUGUCUUCAGAAGGCAGUUGCUCCGCAGAGGUUUCACUUGUACAUAAUUAUGUAACCAGUUGUAAAUAUGUUUAACAAUGCUAGACCAUAACUUAUAUCCCGUUAUUGUUUCAGGCUGGCCUGAGCUUGUGUAAAUACUGCUUUUUAAAACUUGCAUAAUUUUAUGUAGGUUUCAUGCUCCACAGAAAUGUUUAUUUAUAUCAUAAUAAUACACUUUAUAUAUGUAUAUUUGAUAAUGAUUUUAUCACAAAUGUUGACAAUGACCAUUGUAAAUUUAUACGUUUGUGUCGUUUUGAAGUGUGCAAUAAAUAUUUUGUCAUUGA